CCACAAUGAACAUUAUAGCCUACAAAUUGAACAUUCUCUCAAAGAAAUAGUCAACAUGCUUUUUCACACGAUUAACACAAUUAUUUCAUUAACAAGUUCUUUCUUGUACCAGUGCUUGAAGUAUCAAUACCAAAAGCACUAUUUCUAUUGGUUGUGAUUUUAGAAUAUAUGACCAGUACUGAUGUAAUCUGCAAUUCAGUACAUUGGAUAAUAACAUUGUUUAUUAUAUGACAAAUUUAGAACUCUAGUGCAAAUAUAUGUCUCCUCCAAACAAUCUUUAUCUUCCUUAAUUUCAAAUAAAAUCUAACCACUUCUUACUCUUUUGCAGUAUUUUGCUAUUAAGAUUAAAGCAAAAAAUUUCCCUUAAUAUAUCCUGUUACCUCGUAUUGUGACUGGGAUGGUUAAGUUAUAAAACAAUUAGGUGAUUAAUUCUUAAGAUGAAACUUCUUUGGUGAUUCAUUGAUUGAUUUGCUAGGAGCAUGGCAGACACACACAUUCCAAUUCACAACACAAAUUAUUUAGGAGAUUUAGCAGAAAAUAUUAUUAGCAAGCAACUACCAAGUUUUCUGAUUUCUCAAAGUAUACGUGUACUCCUCAUAAAGAGAAUGUUUUCCAUACAAAAACAGUCAGAUGUUCCCCUGGUUCUGAGUGGCCUUUGGUGGACAGUUAUACCAUUAACAAGUGUCUUUACAAAUUUAAGGUUCAAAGAUUAAGGUCAAAUAUCCUUUGUACUUUUGAUUAGAAGUUCUUGUUCUGAAAGCACAUUAUACAGGAAGACUGUUGUUCUUACAAAACUAUGAUUUUUAACCAAGAAUGAAAUAAAUAUAAAGGCGCAACAUGCCAGAAACAACAACCAAUGUUACUAAAUAAAGAAGUCUGAAAUUACUGAGAAGUGGUCUGGGAGUGUCUGUGACACUGCCAAUUAGAGUAAGAGACUUAAACAUGAGGUUCAUACAAAACUAGAAAAGUGAUUGGAAUUUUGAAAAUCGGCUCACUUGCAAAGAUAACUGAGUGGGACAAACAAAUUUGAAAUGGCUUCUGCAAUGAAGACUGCCCUAUGGCUUACAGUAGGACUUUUAUUCCUGGAAGAAUUUAAACAAAGUGUAAGCAGUAAACGAGAAAAGCGCAGUGUCAUGGAUAUGAUUUUGACUUUGUGGUGUUAUCGGGAUCGUCUGAAAAUCCCACUGCUAGCACUCAACCUAUACGGCUGCCACUGUGGAACAGGCGGCUUUGGAAAACCUCUGGAUGCAGUGGAUCGCUGCUGUUUCUUGCAUGACUGCUGUUAUCGUCACACCAGGCUCUCUCUGAAAUGUCACAAGAGGGUAAAAUGGCAGCGCUACAAACUGCUGUGUAAAACAUCCGAGACAGAGUGCGGGUCAAAAAGCAUCUGUGGCAGAACAGCGUGCGAGUGUGACAAGCAACUGGCAGAAUGCCUCACGGCAGCAAAACCUCAGCGGAAGCAUUCUUUCUACAACAGAGAACUCUGCAAAGGGUCUAAGGGCACUUGUCCCAUCAUGCACCACCAUAACUGGACUAAAAUCCUGCAUUAAGGAAGUUUCUGCUAUUACUCGAUUGCAAAGCAAGGUUCUUGGAAAAAUUAACCUCAUCUCUGACAAUAUUGAUGUUUCUAGGCAAGAGGAACAGAUCGCAGAGGGGCUCCGAAUAGAAGUGGGGGCAGGGGGGAGAGACCAUCGGGAAGAGCCGAUUCGUGUAUAUAUAUCGGUGGCUUCUUUAUUACUUGUAGAUCAGCGACUGUAUUCACAUCGGAACAAGAGAAGAGUUGACCAUCCAAGCCAAAGACAAAUAAAAGGCCCCGAGGGUUGGGGUGAGCCUACUACGGCGAGGGUGGACAGCGACCCGGAGAAGAGCGAUCGCCGACGAGAAAGCAACGUCAAUCUCCCCGAAGAGUGCGUCCCUCCCGGGCGUCCCCCUCUCACGCUCUCGCACGAGAGGAAAAGCCGGCGGGGCCAAAGG